AUGGCACCAGGUCGCAAGAAGAAGAAGCCUGCUUCCAACCCAGCAAGAGGAUUCACAACUACUUCAAUCCCAUCUAAAUCACAAGUCAUAAACUCUGGAGUGUUAACAAAGGCAGAACAACCAUCUGUUACCAAAGAAGAGCAGAAACCAGCCACUGCAGGACAACCAGAGAAAUCCAAGGAUUCUUUGGAAAACCUGCCGCCAGAGGAGCUCGAGAAACAUCUCGAAGAGGCUGAACUACAGAGUCUGUUAGACAAGUAUGCAGGAAAAUGCAAAAACGAGGCUUCUCGUCAAGCUGGAAGACUCGAAACAGAGCGCCGCACUCUGCGUGCUCAAGGGAUGACCAUUAAUACUCGAGAUUGGUUAAGCCCGGAUAUCUGCAACCUGAUCAUUGAAAAAGAAAUCAAAGAAAUUGAAAAAUUACCGUCCUAUUUUAGUAGGUUUGACGAAAAUGCUGAUUUCAUGGCAAAUGAAGAAGAACUAUGUAUGAACAUGUGGACACUCAAGGAGACCCUGCUUAAACUUGGGUUUUCCAAGUCCAUGGUGGAUAAAGCGUUGAGAGGAAUUCUCUUACACUCUUCCCAGGAUCAAGCCUCAAACAAGGAUUUCACGUCGAGUAUAGGCCCGGUCCUUGAAUGGCUGGCAUCGCACUCCUCCGAAGAUGAGCUACCGAUAUACGGGCAGCAGAAACCCCCAGCAAAGCCGGACGAUCAAAAAGAUGAAAUAGAAGCAACACCUCCAAACUCUGGGACAAUCACUCCUGUUAACAAUAUAUCAACGAAGCCAAAAAGCCCUACGCACCCAAGCCCUUCGUUGGACUCAGACCCUGACAUGUCCGAUAUUGAUCUGGAUCCAGACGCAUUGAUCCCGCGUUAUCUAGAACUCCGAUCACGUAUCUAUUCCCUUCAACCAAGUUUUUUCAAUCAUCCCAAGACAAGGUCCAAAAAGGCUGCUGUGAGCGUAGUGGACCCUGCAAUUGAUUCCCAGAUAGAAAAAAUAAAGACUAAACUUGCUGUGGUCGAAAGGGAUAUCUUAUUUGAUUCCGAAAAAGCUGAGGCUGAAUGGAAAGAAAGGCUCUGUGAAUUGCGUGCUGAUACCGCUGAGUCGUUACGUGGACGACUAAAACCUACAGAACCUAGCCUGGAAAUGGCAUCAGGAAGAGAUGGGAAGGGCCCACCAACCGAUACCGGUGGGCAGCCGAACUUAGUCGAUAGCGACGACGACGAAAACAUCCUAGGAAGCAUGUUCGCGAUUGAGUCCGAUUCCCCUAUAGGAACGGCUGCGAAUGCCUUCACCGACGGGCGUGUGGCAACUAAGCUCAGAGAUUUUGGUAAAUCGGUUGGGAUCAAUCCCCGUCGCGUUUUGGAAGAAGCGUGCAGAACGAGAGACCCGGGUUUCAAAAUAGUUUAUAGGGACUUGGAUUCUACGUCUUAUUCCCACCGCAAGAGUGUUCGGAUAACUUGGUCCAAAGCCCAGGACGUACCUCUGGAUAUUCCGUACCCCGACAUAUAUUUCACCUCGAAUCCGCAUUUCGUACAGGUUUCGAUGGAUUCCAUAAGUGCGGCAACUGCACUGCAAGCAGAAUCCUACGUCUCUGUUGUUGCCUUAUUUAUUCUCUCUUCUUCGACGAGGGAAAAUAGAGCGUACAUGAAAUUACCUGGGCUGUGGAAGGACGUGUGGGAUGAGUUGUCUAGCUCCAGAAAGGAACACGAGGAGGCUGCCGAUAAGGAAGUUGUUAAGGGUUUACAGGAUAUUUUUCAACAAGUUAAAAGUCAAGCCGACGAGGAUGUCGUGCUGAUCGAAAAUUUUAAACGACGGAACGGAAACGCGAGAGCGAGACAAGAGGAAAAUCUGCAACCGAAAUUUUCAAGUUCGCAACCGUCAAAAUACUACCAAAACCUAUGGAAAGACCGAUCUUCCACCGACCUUUUCGCAAAAAUGAUGAAAACCCGGACUAACCUCCCAAUAUGGCCAUUCAAAGAGCAGAUAAUAGAAAUGAUUUCAGCAAACCAAACGCUUAUCAUUUGUAGCGAAACCGGAAGUGGCAAGAGCACGCAAAUACCAUCUUUUAUCCUCGAAAAUGAACUCACAGCGGGCCGUCAUUGCAAGAUAUACGUGACCGAACCACGAAGGAUUUCGGCCAUAUCACUCGCAAAAAGAGUUAGCGAAGAACUCGGAGAGGGUAGGGACGCCGUUGGAACAGCUAGAUCUCUUGUGGGAUACGCAAUAAGGCUGGAGAGCAAAGUAGUGGCAUCUAGUAGAUUGAUAUAUGCGACAACGGGAGUAGUAAUCAGGAUGUUAGAGCGGCCGCAUGAUUUCAACGACAUAACUCAUUUGGUUUUGGACGAAGUUCACGAGCGCACGCUUGAUAGCGAUUUUUUAUUGAUUAUACUUCGUCGACUUUUGAAUCAACGAGCAGACCUUAAAUUAGUCCUCAUGUCUGCGACCGUCGAUGCGCAGAUGUUUUCUGCAUAUCUCGAUGGCGCACCAGUCCUGAAUAUUCCUGGUCGGACAUUCGCUGUGCAAACCAAUUAUCUGGAGGAUGCGAUCGAGGUCACGAGGCACUGUUCACACGAAAAGGAGUCGCUAGAUUAUACAGACGAAAGCCAUUUCUCCAGCACUGAACGGGCUCAAACUGACGAGAGUCUACGAUCCACAUUGUCCGCAUAUAGCAAACAAACCUGCGAUGCGGUUUGUUCUUUUGACGAAUAUCGCCUUGAUUAUAAGCUGAUCAUAGAUUUGAUUUUUACUAUAGCGACUAAACCCGGGCUAGAGAAAUAUAGCAAGGCAUUCUUGGUUUUCAUGCCUGGGCUAGCGGAAAUACGCAGGCUGCAUGACGGAAUACUUUCAGAGCCAUUUUUUGAAAACGGUUGGAUAGUGCAUUCUCUUCACUCUUCAAUAGCCAGUGAGGAGCAGGAAAAGGCAUUUUUAGUCCCUCAAAAGGGAACAAGAAAAAUUGUCAUCGCAACAAAUAUUGCUGAGACUGGUAUGAUAAGCGCAGAAGAUAACCUUUUUCGUGGCUUCCACUUUCUAACGAGCCUAGGGAUUACAAUUCCGGAUAUAACUGCAGUAAUAGAUACGGGAAAAGAGAAGGUUAUGCGGUUUGACGAGCGACGUCAGAUAUCGAGACUCGUUGAAACGUUUAUAUCCCGUGCCAAUGCUAAGCAACGACGUGGCAGAGCUGGAAGAGUUCAAGAAGGCCUCUGUUUUCACUUAUUUACCAAACAUCGCCACGAUAAACUGAUGGCAGAUCAACAAACCCCUGAAAUGCUCCGUCUCUCUCUUCAAGACCUAAUCCUUCGAGUGAAAAUCUGCAAUCUCGGUGACAUUGAGGAAACUCUCUCUGAAGCACUCGAUCCUCCAUCAUCCAAGAAUAUUCGUCGGGCGAUAGAGGCACUCAAAGCAGUCAAGGCUCUUACUAACACUGAAGUGUUGACACCCUUAGGCAGGCAACUCGCUCAACUGCCACUGGAUGUGUUCUUAGGCAAGUUAAUCCUGUAUGGUGCUCUGUUUCAAUGUGUAGAUUCAACGGUGAGCAUCGCGGCCAUUUUAUCCUGCAAAUCCCCUUUUGUACAUACAGCCGCAUCGAGCAAUGCCACACAGGCUGCAAAACGUGCUUUUGAUCGAGGGAAUUCCGAUCUGUUGUCUGUCUACAACGCUUACUGUGCGUGGAAAAAAUGCCGUGAGACACCAAGAAUGAACGAGUUCACGUUCUGUCGAAAGAACUGCUUGAGCCCCCAAGCACUGUUAAACAUAGAAGAUGUCAAAACUCAAUUGCUAGUUUCCCUAGUUGAUACAGGCCUGGUAAAGCUGGAUGUUUCCGAAGAAGCUGAUUUGAGCAGGGCACGAUUUUCUGGACGCAGACGCCAGUUUUUCACAGUGCCUGAACGACUGGAUGUCAAUAGCAGCAAUGACCUGGUUGUAAACUCUGUUAUUGCAUGGAGUUUCUACCCUAGGAUUUUGACCCGCCAAGGGAAAGGAUGGAGGAACAUUUCAAACAAUCAGUCAGUGGUUCUCCACACGACAUCAGUAAAUAAGACUGCAGAACUUUCAACAAAGUGGCUCUCCUAUUAUCAUAUAAUGCAGUCACGAAAUCGGAACUACAACGCGCAUGAGACGAGCGCGGUCGAGGACUUUCCCAUUGCGUUGCUCUGCGGUGAUGUUGAGUUCAAGAUUCUCGGUGAAAGAUUGGAAGUCGAUGAUGGCGCUCAAAGCCUUGAGCACCAGGAUUCGAGAUAUCAUUUCCCAGAUCUUCCGAAAUCCUAA